UAACUAAAACAAAACUCACUUCAUUAUUCAUUCACUAAAUAUUGGAAUGGCUAAAAUGUUCAGAGCUUUUUUCUUCAAAUCCCUUUUCUUCUUUUGGUACCGUUUCCUCUUUAGACAACUCAAGAGUCUCAUAGGCCUCCGCAGAAACAUCCUCAGCACACAGUUCAAGUACCAGAAGUUCUCUUCCUUUCUCCAUCAGCACCACCGUUCUUCAGAACUCGGUGACCAUACACUCGUCUUUGAUGUUGAAAACGCUCUGUUGAAAUCCUCUUCUCUGUUCCCCUACUUCAUGCUGGUGGCAUUCGAAGCAGGGGGCUUAAUCAGAGCCAUUGUUCUUGUCCUGCUGUAUCCUGUUGCGUGCGCAGCAGAUAUAGUAGGGCAAGAACUGGGGCUCAAGAUGAUGGUUAUGAUAUGUUUUUUCGGAAUCAAAGUAGAUAGCUUCCGAGUGGGAAGGUCGGUUUUGCCGAAAUUCCUCUUGGAAGACGUUGGGAAAGAAAUGUUUGAUGUGUUGAAGAGAAGCAGCGGGAAGAAAGUGGGCGUGACGAACAUGCCAAGAAUCAUGGUGGAGAGUUUCUUGAGAGAGUAUUUGGAGAUUGAUGUUGUUGUUGGGAGGGAAUUGAAGGUUUUCUGUGGAUACUUUGUUGGGUUGAUGGAGGAGAAGAAAAGUGCUUUGCAUGCUUUGGAACAGGUUCAAGAAGGGAAAGGAUGUUCCGAUAUGAUUGGAAUUACUAGAUUCAACAAAGUUGUUGAUCAUCAAUUGUUCUCCCAUUGCAAGGAAGUGUAUGCGGUGUCAGAAGCAGAGAAGAGAAGCUGGCAAAGGUUAUCAAAGGACAAAUACCCAAAGCCACUAAUCUUCCACGAUGGAAGGCUUGCCCUUAGACCCACUCUAUUUGACUCCAUAGCCAUCUUAAUGUGGCUCCCCUAUGCCCUAAUCCUCGCCAUUAUUAGAAUCUCACUUGCCCUCUCUCUCCCCUAUAACUUCUCAACCCCCCUCUUGGUAUUUACUGGCAUACACCUCACCACCUCCGAAAUCCCCAAAAUGCCCCCCAACAAUAAUAACAAGACGGGCACGCUUUAUGUGUGCAACCACAGGACCUUGUUGGACCCUCUUUACAUUUCUUUCACUCUUCAGAGGAACUUAAUCGCCGUUACUUACAGCUUGAGUAGGAUGUCAGAGAUUCUUGCACCAAUCAAAACGGUGCGUUUAACUAGGAACCGGGAUCAAGACGCAAACAUGAUGAAGCACUUGCUCGCCCAAGGAGACCUAGUUGUUUGCCCCGAAGGGACCACUUGCCGGGAGCCUUAUUUAUUGAGGUUCAGCCCUUUGUUCUCCGAGAUGUGCGACGACAUUGCCCCCGUGGCCGUUAACAGCCACGUCACCAUGUUCCACGGCACUACGGCCGGGGGACUCAAGUGUCUCGACCCUGUGUUCUUUCUCAUGAAUCCCUCGCCAGUCUACACGGUCGACCUCUUGCAACACGUGCAGAGAUCACGGUGCGUUGACAGGGCAGUGAUUACUGAGAAAGAACAUCAGGCGAGAUUCAAAGUCGCGAAUCACGUGCAAAGUCAGAUAGGGAGCGCGUUGGGGUUUGAGUGCACUAAGCUUACGAGAAAAGAUAAGUACCUGAUUUUGGCGGGUAAUGAAGGUGUAGUUAUUAACCGAGCGUGUGGUAAAUCUUAGGUACUGUAAUUGUUAGAUACUUUGGUUAGUUCAAAUAGUUGUGAUGUCGAAAAAUGAGUUC